AUGGCUGCGCGCAAACUCGCCCAAGAGAUCGACCGAUGCUUUAAGAAGGUCGCGGAAGGCGUCGCCGCAUUUGAGGGCAUCUACGAGAAGCUGCAACAAUCCACCAACCCCGCACAGAAGGAGAAGCUUGAGGAUGCACUCAAGAAGGAGAUCAAGAAGCUGCAACGCUCGCGAGACCAGAUCAAGGCCUGGGCAGCAUCCAAUGAAAUCAAGGAUAAGAAGCCGCUGCUCGACCAGCGCAAGCUGAUCGAGACGCAAAUGGAGAAGUUCAAGGCAGUGGAGAAGGAGAUGAAGACGAAGGCAUACUCCAAAGAAGGCCUCUCUGCCGCAUCUAAGCUCGAUCCGAAGGAGAAGGAGAAGGUCGAGGUCUGCGACUUCCUAUCGAAUAUGGUCGAGGAGCUGGAGCGCCAAGUCGAGACGACCGAAGCGGAGGCCGCCACCCUACAAGCCGGUCUGAAGAAGGGCAAGAAGGACAACGCCAAGGCAGAAAGAAUAGCCGAGCUCGAGCGCAUGGCCGAACGACACCAAUGGCAUAUAAGCAAGCUUGAAUUGGUGCGGCGUUCGUUGGAGAACGACGGCGUCGAGGUUGAACAGGUCAAGGACCUGGAGGAGAGCAUCCGUUAUUACGUGGAAAACAACCAAGAGGUGGACUUUAUGGAGGACGACUCGCUUUACGACGACCUGAACCUCGCAGAAGGCGAGGACCUGUACGGCAUGACCCAGGACAUGGACAAGGUUUCGUCGCAAGACACACAAUCGAUACAGGACGACAUUCACGAAGAACCCGUACGGACUGCCGGCCCGUCUGCUGCUAAGGCAAAGGCGCCAGAGGCAUCGACCGCCGCAGCCCGAAGACCGUCCACCCAACUCAAGUCCCCCUUGCCAACCCUAUCGACGUUACAUACUCCUGCACAGGCGGCGACAAAUGGCACCAGCGGCAGUACCAUGAAGCCGGCGCCAUUGCCCACAAGAGCUCCAGGAGAGCCUUUGAAGUACGCAUCAGCCGCUGCCGCCGCCGCCGCGAGCGAUAGGAACAACGUCGGCAUUGCACCUUUGCCGCCGCCACCUGGUGCCAUCCAUGUCAACCAUGCUCUGCGCUCAAGCGCUGCAUCAUCCCCCGCCGUCUCGCACGCUCAACUUGCUACAUCGCAUGCAGCCAAUCAAAGGCCGUCCGCCACAUCAGCCGCAAGCCAGGAUGGCGCAACUCCGAUCACUGCCAAGUCUCCCGCGCUCAGCCAUUCCAGCGCUGCACCGGCGAGCACAGAAGCAAGUAGCAUACCACCGACUCCGGCGCAGGAGAAGCGUAGUGUGACACCAGCGAAGACAUCCAAGCCGUCCGAAGCCGUCGAGCAGCCGUUGACGAACGGAGACAAGCCCGCACAACCGGCCGAGGAGGAGUCGGUGUAUCACCUACCAUCCAGUCUGCAGGAUCUUCUCGAGUCGUUCGAGGCCACCAAGGAAGACGCAUUAAGCUCGCAUGCUGACGAGCGUCUCCUGGUGACAUCUCACAGCUCGCAUCCCGAGUCUGUUGAUGCCGAUAAGCCACGCCAUUACCGCCCGCAGAAUCCUUAUCCUUACACGCCCGCCCACUACCCGCAGGAGCCGCUGUCCAUUUUCGAUGAUCCUAGGUUGUAUUCUCGUGUUGAUACGGAUUCCUUGUUCUAUGCAUUCUACUACCGCCAAGGCACUUACGAGCAAUACCUGGCGGCCAAGGCUCUGAAGUCUCAAAGCUGGCGCUUCCACAAGCAAUACCAGACCUGGUUCCAGCGCCACGAGGAGCCCAAGUCCAUUACUGAAGACUACGAGCAAGGAACGUACCGGUUCUUCGACUACGAGAGCACUUGGAUGAACCGGAGGAAAGCGGACUUCAAGUUCGCGUACAAGUUCUUGGAGGAUGACCUCUGA